UCUCACACUUGUGCAGUUCUUUCACUCUCAUCAGAUACUUGAUGUCUCACCAUCACAUGGAGAUCACACAAUAGUGAGGGUUACUUUUCACGAAGGAAACACGGCAUCACAUUUUCACAUGUGUGGAUCAUAAAUACAUCUGUCUAUUUGUUUUGGUAGCUUUUUCUCAUUUAGAAGAACUUUAUCAAACAAACUUUUUGGAGACACUCGGGGACCACACUACAGCUGCAUGCAGAGGACCAGCAGCUGAGGAGCGAUGUCAUCUCUACUUUCUCACCACAACGAUCAGCCACGCAUCAGAAAGUCAAUCUCUGACUCCUCUCCAACUUCAUCUGCUGCCACCACCAAGAGCCUGAGGCAUGAGAGACUGUCCAGACUGAACUCGUCUGGAUCCUCUGACGGCCCCAACAACACAUCAACAAACCAUGCAGAGUCGUACUUCAAACGCAGAGAGAACAGACUGUCUGCAAGGAAAAAAGCCGAAGAAGAGACUGCAAACAAUGACUAUAAAAAGAUGUAUGAAAAAGCACUGGCCACCAAUCAAAGGCUGAAGUCAAGGCUGCAGACAAGUAAACAGGAGCUCACCGUGAUCCAGGACCAGUUACAGAGAGCACAGAAGGAAAGACCAGGAGACAGUAGCUCUAACAUGCUUGAAGCAGAAAAGAAGGAAAGUUGGAGUCUAAAAAAGAGAAUAUCAGAUAUGGAGGAACAGCUGAAGGCCAAAGCUGAGCUCAAGAUGGAGAACCAGAAACUGAAGGAUGAGAACGGAGCUUUAAUCCGGGUCAUCACUAAACUGUCAAAGUGAGACAGUAAGCAGGAAAGAUAAGAGGAAGUCAGAUGGGUACCAGAAGCCAUAGCUCUACCUGCAUUCAUCCUAUCCUCUGUAAGAAUGUAUGUACAUAGUUUUCCAUUAAAUUGGAAACUUGAUUCCAUGUUGUUCUCCAAAACAUCUGCAAGAAUGAAUACACUUCAUGAGUGUGUUUUCUGUAACUGUACUGGAUCAAGUGACACAUUCCGAGACAGAAAACACAUUCAAUAAAACUCCAUUUUAUAUAUUCAUAAGAUUUUUCUAAAUAAAAAAAUGACAAAACAA